AUGGAGUGCGCUGACCCACGGGGCCACCGCUGGGCAGGAAUCCUGCUCUCAGCCUCACUUUUGACUGUGUGGAGCUUGGCAGCUGCAGCCCAAAUCUCCCGUGAUGCCAUCACCCAAAAACCUCUGGCCAAGCCCACCCUUUCAGUCAGCCAGGGCACAGUCAUAGAGCACAGGGAAAAUGUGACCUUUUACUGUGGCACCCCGGACGUCAACAUCACCAUCCACUGGGUCUUCAACCACCAGCCCCUGCCAUCCAAUGAGCACAUACAGCUGUCCGCAGAUGGCAAGACCCUCACCAUCCUCACUGUCCAGCGGCAGGAUGCUGGGAUGUACCAGUGUGAAGCUUGGAGUGUCCGCGAGGUCAAGAGCAGUGACCCCACCUACCUGACUGUGUACUAUGGCCCUGACUCAGUCACGAUCAAGGUGGAGCCUGGUGUAGACAACGGGGACACGGUUGAGGUGAUGGAGGGCUCCGAUGUGACCUUCUCGGCAGAAACUGAGUCUUACCCACAAGCCUCAUAUUCAUGGGUUUUCCCCAAUGACUCCAAGCCCAUCACGAGCUUGUUCCUCAACAUGAGCAAUGUUACCAUCCAUGCCAUGUCCAAGGAACACGAGGGCACCUACAGAUGCUUGGUGUCCAACACUGCCACCCAGAUGUCCCUCGAGGGUACUGUCGAAGUCCACGUCCUUGAAAGAGUGACCAAGCCUUAUGUCAUGCCCCCUAACCGGACUCUUGUGGAGCACACCAGCUUGGUGGUCCUGACCUGCCAGACCACCCAUGAGGGAGUUGGAGUAUGGUGGUUCCUGGGGGACCAGCUCCUCCUGCCCAGUGAGCACCUGGUGGCCAACUACAGGACCCUGAGCAUCCAUGGCCUUCGGCGGAAUGACACAGGGCCCUAUGCAUGUGAGGUCUGGAACUGGGGCAGCCAGGCACGGAGUGAAGCCCUGAAGUUGAACAUCAGCUAUGGCCCCGAUCGAGUGUACUUCACCACAGGGUCAGAGACCCUGGUGGACACCACCAUCAGUGCGAAGCUCAACUCCAGCAUAACCCUGAAGUGUUGGGCUGAAUCCCAGCCGGAUGCUGAGUUUAACUGGACCCAUGACAACACCAGUGUGUGCAAAGGGGAGCAGCUGGUUAUCGAGACCCUGACUUGGAAACACCAAGGGAAUUACAGCUGCACAGCCUCUAACUCUGUCACAAUGCUGACCUCCUCUGCCUCAGUCAUGGUCAGCAUCACAGAAGAGCCAAAGGAAGCACAAAGAGGUCACCGGUCAUCCCUGUCUGUAGGGGCCAUCAUUGGCAUUACCAUCGGAAUCCUGGCUGUCAUUGCCCUGGCCAUAGGGCUGGGCUGCUUCAUACACACUGGAAAGGCCAAAGGGCUCUCAAGGAGAACAAAAGAGGAUAACGUCUAUGAGAACACGACACCCACUUCUGAAGAGGGUCAACCUGAAGAGCUCGAUCGCAACUGGCCCAUGCUUAUGUAUGCCAAUGUACCUGCCAUUGAAGGACAGAUACCAGUCAAAAAGAUGCUGCCAGUAGACCCUCCAGAGCAAUUAUAUGAGCAGAUAUCAUCUUCCGCCAUCCACGACGGGUAUUCUCAUGGCCCCAGGAAGCCAUCCUCCAAACUUGCACCGCAACCCUUGGUCCCAACUCCACAAAAAGAAAAUGCAGAGUCAAACUAUGAGGUGCUUGUGAAUCCAGAACACAACAUCUACUGCCAAAUCAACCGUCCCACCUAA